AUGAAGAUGAACAAGAAGCUAAGUGUCAUCGAGCUACUAAAACAAGCUGUGAAGCUACUCCUGAGCAACAUCAAUCUACCACUCAUCAUCUUCCUUUGUUCUCUCCCACUGUUCUGUUUCUUGAUCGUCUUUGAGCUCUUCCACCAAACCACCCUCUCUUUCACUUACCAUUCCUCUCCAAACAAGUCAACCUUGCAAAGGAUUUGUCACAGAACGAUCUGUUUGUGCAAGCCACCAACUAUCUCACUUACCAACCGCUUUACCAACAACGCAAUAUUUGGGAGGACUUGUCUGAAAACGAUCUGA